AUGCGUACGGCGUCUUUCCAGUACACGUUGCAGACUAUGUCGUUAGAGGUUAUCGAUCAGCUGAGAAAUGAGAUCAGAGCAGUGCUCAAGAAUGGUGAUAUAGCUGAACACGAUGCCUCAUUGAUUAAAAACUACGGCUCAUGCAAGGAAAUAUUAAAUUGUGACGUGGCCAGCACAGUUCGAGUUGCACAUAAAAAGAUCCAAAAUGAUGAUACGAGGAUUGAAAAGUUAUUCGCAGUCAAGAUAUUUCGUCGCCGCCACCGAGAACCCGUAAAGAAAUACCGAGACCGCGUUGCGUCGGAAUAUUGUAUUGCGCGUUCCUUGAGCCACCCACAUGUUGUUCAAACUCUGGACCUGCUACAAGACACCCGUCGAAAUCUCUGCCAGGUCAUGGAAUACUGUGCGGGAGACCUCUUCGCUCUUAUCCGGACGGUGAAACGGCUUGAGGCUGUAGAGUCUGACUGCUAUUUCAAACAACUAGUUCUUGGAAUACAAUAUAUUCAUGAUAUGGGAGUAUCACAUCGAAACCUCAAGCCAGAAAAUCUCCUCCUCACUUUCCAAGGCGCAUUGAAAAUUGCUGACUUUGGAUGUGCUGAUUGUUUCAGGUUACCGUGGGAAAGAAAAUCCCAUAAUCUGUACAGUUUGCAAGGUACUGUUCCCUACAUUGCACCAGAACAAUUCGUCCUCAAGAUGUUCGAUCCCAGGGCUAUUGAUAUUUGGCCUUUAGGAAUAAUUUAUGUCGCCAUGAGGACUGGAAGGUGGCUAUGGAGGAGUGCCACAGAAGAUGAUGAGCAUUAUCAAGAAUAUCUUCAAUAUCACAAAGCCGAGAAAUACUUCCAGUUAGAGAGGAUCAAUGGGGAUUAUGCUAAUUUUGAAUAUGUGAAGGCAUAUCGCCGUACUGUUCUAUAUGCAAUCCUGGAUCCUGAUCCGAAGACUCGUGUUACGAUCUCUGAUAUCCUCCGGUCGACCUGGAUUACCGGUAAAGAUAUUAAAGUUUGCGACGCAGGUAAAAAAGGAUUAUAG